AUGUCACUUUUUUUGGGGCAAAAUGUGCAAUCCGCACUCCGACCUGUGAAAGGCAGCAAUACGCAACAAAGCUUCGAGUCUGCCGGAAAGCCGCACGAAGAAGAUAUAUUUACCACUGAUAUAAAGGUGGGAGGAAAACUAAAGAGAGGAAAAUACAAUUCAGGUGGCUCUCAGCUCUCUGCUAUGUCUUUGGAGAAGACCUCCGAUCUGGCCAAUGAGAACACAUGUCUGCCGUCCUCACUGACCCUUGACCUCCGCUCCCCACAUAGUGCUCUGCUUGAUUCUGACCUGAGCAAGAAGGCCAAAGGCACCACCUCCACCAAGAAGCGCCACAAUUAUGCCACAUCCACUCCUCUGGAUCUGCUGAAUGGCACCAAGGGCGGCAAUGACAUCGAUGAGGAUGAGUGCAGUCAGCAGCGAGAGGAGGAGAGGGUCCGGAACCAGGAGAACGAGCAGGGCCAGCACAGCACAGGGACCAAUGCCAAGUGGCUCAAGGAGGAUCAGAAUCAACUGCGCAAGGUGGCAGAGAGGCAGCAGGACCAGAAUAGAAAUUCUGACCAAGAUCUGAAUCACAACGAGAGCCCAGAAGGAAACCCCAACCAGAACUCUUUAGUGGUGGACCAGCAGGUGGAGGUCAGUGAGCAGAAUCACUCUUCUAAGACCCUGAGGUCCCUGUGCUCUGACCUGAAUGAGCCUCUGCUGAUCGAAACCUCAGAAGCCCCUCAUGGGAAAGAGGAAGAUGAGGAAGAGCCUCUACUUCUUCCAAGUGGUGGAGAGAGGGACACAGACUCGUCUGAGGCGCAAAGUAGCAGCGAGUCUCGGCGAGACGACAGUAGAGAAGUCAAGGAAACCUGCCUGCUGUUUCAGGGCAGAAAUGCAGCACCCAGUGAUGAGGACUCCAGCUGUAUGUCACUGUCUCAGGGCAGUACAGCCAACAGUACGCCGGAUGGUGACCCAGAAUCUUACUGGGAUCGCAGUGCGUUUGAGACUGACACAGACCUGCCUGCGGGGUGGAUGCGGGUCAGAGACGAGUCCGGUACCUACUACUGGCACAUCCCCACAGGCACCACCCAGUGGGAGCCCCCCUCUCCCCUAGAGGAGGGAGAAGCCCCAGAGAGACCCUCCAGUACCUCCCCUGUCAUCACACCCAGUGAGGAGCCACAGUUGACGUGGAGUAGUCUCACCCAGUCCCGCCCCAACAGGUUUAAUGACGAGGAGUUCUGGAAGGAGGAAGAUGCAAUGGCUGAUCAGACCCUGAAGGAUUUUGAAGGAGCCACAUUGCGUUAUGCGUCUAUCAAUCUCAGCUGUUCACAGUCUGAAGGAAAGGAGAAGAUGAACUCACUCAUCAAUGACCUGGACGCUAAGGUUUUUGCUGUGCGGUCUCUGGGCUGGGUGGAGAUAUCAGAGGAGGAGAUGGCUCCAGGGAAGAGCAGCGUGGCUGUCAACAACUGCAUCAGACAGCUCUCUUACCACAAACACAACCUGCACGACACGGCUGGGAUCUGGGGAGAGGGAAAAGACAUGCUCCUUGUUCUGGAGAAUGAGACCUUGAACCUGAUUGAUCCUUUGGGCCAGACUCUGCUGCACACCCAGCCUAUCGUCAGCAUCCGAGUGUGGGGAGUGGGCCGGGACAACGGCAGGGACUUUGCCUACGUGGCGAGAGACAAACUGACUCAUGUUCUGAAGUGCCAUGUGUUCAGGUGUGACACACCUGCUAAGAACAUUGCCACGAGCAUGCAUGACAUCUGCUCUAAGAUAAUGGCCCAGAGGAAAUCAUCCAAGUCCUCUCUGAACAGACUCAACAUAGACCCCUCUAAACUGGUGGACAUUCCUUUCCAGGAAUUCCCUGCACCAAAGAAUGAGCUAGUCCAGUCCUUCCAGGUACGUUACCUGGGUAACGUGCCGGUGGCUAAACCCGUAGGUAAGGAACGCUUUGGUAUGGACCUAGUCAAUGUAGCCCUCAACACAGCAAUCAAUUCCAAAGAGAAGGAAGAGUGGACGCCAGUUACUGUGAACGUGGCUUCAGCCACACUUACAAUAGUCACAGCUGAGACAGAGGAGGUUCUUUCUGAGUGCCGGGUGCGGUUCCUGUCCUUCAUGGGCGUGGGGAAGGACGUCCACACCUUUGCCUUCAUCAUGGCCGAGGGCCCCGGGGACUUCAUCUGCCACAUGUUCUGGUGUGAGCCCAACGCUGCCAGCCUUAGUGAGGCUGUGCAGGCCGCCUGCAUGCUGCGCUACCAGAAGUGUCUGGAUGCCAGGCCCCCCAGUACCAGCUCCUGCCUGCCAGGCCCACCGGCCGACUCCGUGGCACGUCGUGUGGGCUCCAGUGUCAAGAAGGGGGUUCAGAGCCUGCUGGGCAGCUUCAAGAGGUCUGGGUCCCAGACGCCCUGAGAGGUGCCAAACAACUAACCCACUCCAGUCCACACCCAGGCCACCAUGCCAACCAUGGCUCUCCUCACUCCUCCAUUCCCUCUCUCUCCCCUCACCCUGAGGUGUUAUGGUAUAACCUGCUUCCCUCUCAACACCUGUCAUCUCUUUUAGAUGUGAUGUCAGAGCCGUGGGCAGUGUGGGCUGCCGGUGUGGUUGGGGUACCAGUGAGCCUAGCACUGCUCACAGCUGCUCCACGCUUUUUACUUCCUUCACGUCAUCCUUGGUUGGACAAGUAGGCCAUCUUUUCCUUCCAUUGUUUAUUUAAUCUGUGAGUUAUUAAGAGGAAACUGCUGGACUCAUGGACAGUGGUUUGAAUGACAGCAAUAGUUGGUUAAACUUGGUUUAGUUUGCAAAGUACCAACACUAAUUAUGCUUAGGAAAACAGUACUGUUCUGUAACAUUGUGUCUGCUAUUUGUUUUGAAGAACAAAUAUAUUAUUUGUGAAGAUAGAAAUGGAAGAUGUGCAAUUGAAUUGUGAAUGUUGAACUCAUGCCAUUUGCUUGUGGAACUAUCAUGUUGGUUUUCAUUUCAAAGUAGAUUUGAAAGAAAUGAUUGAGAAAUAAAAUGGCAUGAGAAGUCUGUAUAAAAGGCAUCAUGGUGAAUGUCAGUGGUGGAAGAACUAAGACUUGCUAGCUACGAAUAUAAUAUUCGGCAAAUAAAAUGCUAAUCGUUUGGGUCAUUAAAAUCUAUACUUUGUACAGUACAUUUGUUAAUGCCUAAAUAGCUUAGCAUCCCCUCUUCCAUCUGAUGGAGCUGGUAAAUCAGCAAGUGCAUUAUCUUUAUUUUAUAGCUAUAUUUUUAUUUGUAUGUGUAUUGCAAAUUGCACUAAAAAGUGUAGUUCAGCUCCUCAAAUCUGAAAUGGAGAUGGCAUACUUUUAGAGCAUGGCUCAAGUUUUAAUGAAACCUCAAAUCUCAAAGAAAGCUUUGGCUAUCUCUUACUGCACUCCAGCUGUAUACCAAGUGGAGGGUACUGUAUGUUGGAGUCAAGGAAUAUAUCAUCUUUGUGAUGCCAAAGCUAGAAGAAUCAUGUGUUUUUAUGCUGUUCCUCUUCAGAUCUAUUGUGUGGAAAUCGACCUGAAGCUGAUUUUACCAUCAUUUUGUUAUGUUCAGAUAAACAGAGUCAACAUUUUUUGGUUAACGGCAUUUUUCUUUCGUGUACGUUUUUACACAAACGUGUCAAGUGUUAUAUGUUGUUCCCUCUACUCCAUUCUCUAUGCAUGUUUAGUGUAUGUUUUUUGUUACGUCUAAGCAGAGUGACAGAGCUACUGUUAGCUACCGAGGUGUCCCUGCACACUAACAUCUGCCAACUUUUGUCUCUUAACCAAUUGGGUCUAAGGGCAGAUGGAACGUUAGUAUUGUUGUGAUAGACCUGACACUGACAAAUAAAAUUGUAUUUGUCACUUGCGCCGAAUACAACAGUGAAAUGCUUAUUUACAAGCCCUUAACCAACAAUACAGUUCAAAUAACACCAAAGUCUGUCAUUACCACACACUGUUCAUUUAACACCGACAUUUUUUACAUUUACGUUUCUGAAAUUUAUGACCUCCCUCGGGUGGGCUUUCAAAUAGUCUUGUUCAUGAGCAGUGUGUCUUACAACACUAUAGGAGAGCUAAGAAGCCGGACACAUUCAGUCUUCAGAAGGCAUUUUGUUAUGCAGAGAUUGCAAUACAGAAAGUGUUGCUUACCCACAGACAGUGUUUGUCUGUGAAAGAGACGGAUAUAGAGUAUGUGUUGGAGUUUCUUCCUGGCGGUGUGUGUAAGUCUUACGAACACUUCACUGCAUAUGAACACGAUAUCUUUAAAAUACUCUAUCCCAUAGUUGACUGACUAGAUUUUCCCCUUUUUUUGAAUGCAGUUGGUUCAAAAUAAGUUAUAUUUUUUAUGAAAUUAUAUUUUUCUAAGUGUGUAUAAUAUACUGUAUCUGUGAGGUAGACAUGCCUUUUUUAGCCUCGGUUCUUACCACUGUGGUCACUGGUGCAGCAGUGUUUCCAAAUCUGUAUCAGUAGACUAUAGUUAUCCUCCUUCACUUUAUAGCACCACAGUUCUCCUUCCUCUCUCUGAUCUGUUUUGGACAGCAAUUUGGAUUUGGCUAAUGCCUUGCUUCAGCUGCUCUGUCACUAAGUAUUGACUCAUAAAAACAAGUGUAUGUACAAUUUCGUUUUUUGGUUUUACACAUUCAGAAUUCAUUUAAAAGAAAAAUGUUUUUAACUGAAUUUGUGUCUGUAAUUUCCUUUGCUCCUAUAAUUGUUACUCCUUACUAUACACACUAUGUACUCCACUACUUACUAUAAGUGUCAGACAUUGGUUGCCUUAUACAAACAGAGCUUCCUGGUGUUCUAAUUGAUUUUGAAUGCACACUGUGUCAUGUUGUACCAUGCUUUGCUUCUGGAGGCCUCAAGAAUACUUUCAAGAAAUGUUGUGUGUUGUGGCUAUAGAUAUGACUACAUGAAUUCAAAUGCUUUUCCUCCCAUUUCAAUAGUGACUGUCACUACACAUCUCAUCCACUUAAUUCUCACCUGUUUAUUUUCAGUUUUGCUGAGAAACCUGUUUUCACCCAUAUAUAUUCACUACAGUGUAGAUGUCAACCUAUGGGAGCACAUUGCAUGGCUGACCCAUAAAUGGUAUAUAAGGACUGACCCCAGACUCAGAACAGGGGAGCUCAGAGGUCUUCAGUGUGUUUCAGCUCUGUAAGGACAACUAUAGGACACGAUAGGAAGUCUUGAGUAUACGUUUAACGUACCCAUUGGAUUGUCUAUUUAUAUGCCUUGUUGUGUACGUUUCAGAUAAUUAGGUUGCUUUGGUGACAUUAAAUGAUAAAUAUUUGUCUAAUUAAGGAUUAGUCGUGGCAAUAAAAAAAGUCAUAUGCUUUUCUUUAAUUUAAGAUUAAUAUUAUUGAAUGAUUACAUGUUAAGGAUGAGAAACAGACUUUGAUCCAAAUGAACUGCGACACUAAUAUGAUAGGGAUGUGAUCAUGUCCUCUGUCAUAAGCCAUGGAAAAUAUAUGUACAUUCUCUUGACAAACCUGAACUUUUGUCUGCCUUUUGUUUGUUUCGCAUGAUGUGUUCAAAGAGUAUUAAGAAAACCUUGAAGCGAUAGCUUUUGUUCAUACUGUAUGUGAGCCACGUGAGAGUAUGUGAGCAUUUAAUGUUUUGUUUCCUUUAAUAUCCACUGAUGACUGUAAUGCAAGAAAAAAGGGUUCAUUUAUUAUAUCUAAAGAAUGUAAAUUAGAUGUUAUGUACAGUGGGUCUUAAAACUUAAAAUUACUUAAAUCAUACAAUGUGAUUUUCUGGAUUUUUGUUUUAGAUUCCAUCUCUCACAGUUGAAGUGUACCUAUGAUAAAAAAAUUACAGACAUCUACAUGCUUUGUAAGUAGGAAAACCUGCAAAAUCGGCAGUGUAUCAAAUACUUGUUCUCCCCACUGUAUAUGAGUACCAGUCAAAAGUUUGGACACCCUACUUAUUCAAGGGAUUUUAUUUUUACUAUUUUCUACAAGACAUCAAAACUAUGAAAUAAAUGAUAGUCCCACUAAGUGCAACCCAGAUGGGAUGGCGUUUCGCAGCAGAAUGCUGGUUAAGUGUGUCUUGAAUUCUAAAUAAGUCACAGACCGUGUCACCAGCAAAUCACCAUCACACCACCUGCUUUAUGGUGGGAACCACACAUGCGGAGUUUACCUACUCUGCGUCGCAUAAAGACAGUGGUUGGAACCAAAAAUCUCAAAUAUGGACUCAUCAGCCCAAAGGACAGAUUUCCACCGGUCUAAUGUCCAUUGCUCAUGUUUCUUGGCCCAAGCAAGUCUCUUCUUAUUGAUGUCCUUGAGUAGUGGUUUCUUUGCAUCAAUUUGACCAUGAAAGCCUGUUUCAUGAAAGUCUCCUCUGAACAGUUUAUGUUGAGGUAUGUCUGUUACUUGAAGUCUGUGAAGCGUUUAUUUGGGCUACAAUCUGAGGUGCAGGUAACUCUAAUGAACUCGUCCUCUGCAGCAGAGGUAACUCUGGGUCUUUCUUUCCUGUGACGGUCCUCAUGAGAGCCAGUUUCAUCAUAGCGCUUGAUGGUUUUUGCGACUGCACUUGAAGAAACUUUCAAAGUUUUUGAAGUGUCCUGUAUUGACUGACCUUCAUGUCUUAAAGUAAUGAUGGACUGUCGUUUCUCUUUGCUUAUUUGUGCUUUUCUUGCCAAUAAUAUGGAGUUGGUCUUUUACCAAAUAGGGCUAUCUUCUGUAUACCAACCCUACCUUGUCACAACACAACGGAUUGUCUCAAACGACAUUAAGAAGGAAAUAAAUUCCACAAAUUAACUUUUAAUGAGGCUCACCUGUUAAUUGAAAUGCAUUCCAGGUGACUACCUCAUGAAGCUGGUUGAGUGAAUGCCAAGAGUGAGCAAAGCUGUCAAGGCAAAGGGUGGCUACUUUGAAGAAUCUCAAAUAUAAAAUAUAUUUUGAUUUGUUUAACACUUUUUUGGUUAAUACGUGAUUCCAUAUGUGUUAUUUCAUAGUUUUGAUGUCUUCGCUAUUAUUCAACAAUGUAGAAAAUAGUAAAAAUAAAAUAAAAACCUUGAAUGAGUAGGUGUGUCCAGACUUUUGACUGGUACUUUACAUGUAUAUUAAAAUCAACUGUCACAGGACAAAUUAUAAAGUGGAGCAGUUUCGUUGUGGGCCGUUGUCUGCUGAAUAGCACUGUGAGUAGCUGGGUACACAUCACCUCAUUCAGGAUGCACUCCAAGCAUGGUUUAAAAACAAACAAAAAUUGGAUUACUUGUAGAAGACCAGAUACAUACAUAGUUUGCAAAGAAUGACUUGGAAUGGUUUUUUCAUCAUCAAUGUGAGUUCCUCUGUUCAAGACACGGAAAAAUAUUGAGAAUUCUCCUCAUGCUCCCGGUUGUCACAGUUUACACCUGAAACAAAAAAAACGAACAUGAAUAUUUAUGAGGCUGUGUCAAUAAAACAAAGUCAACACCAUCUACAAUUAUUUCAACAUUUUAUUUCCUCCUAUCGACGUUGCCUGCUGUUAAUAAUCUAAAUGAGUUACACACCGGAGGGGUAAAUAUAAUCACAUGUAAAUAUGCUGUGUUCCAGUUGACAGUCAGUGGAUUACCAUUUCCAUAGCCGCUUCUCCCUGUAUUUGCUUUCUUCUCGUUUUUCUAAUUGUCUUAGCAGUGCUUCUGUUGAUUUUCAGUAUGCAGCCUCCUCAGUCCAAACUCCUCUGUUGUCUCACAGACCUUUAUGUCGGUCAUCAUAGGGCAUUACUUUUAGAUGUACAGUGCCUUCAGAAAGUGUUCACACCCCUUGACUUUUUCCACAUUUUUUGUUACAGUCUGAAUUUUAAAUUGAUUCGAUUUUGAUUUUUUUGUCACUGGCCUAUACACAAUACACCAUAAUGUCAAAGUGCAAUUAUGUUUUUUGAAAUGUUUACAAAUUCAUUAAAAUGAAAAGCUGAAAUGU